UGCACCUCGCCAUCUCUUAUUCUUUCUUAGCGAAUCAAAGCAACAUGAGCACAUUUUUAUUCCUCACCUUUGUUUGUUGCAUUGGAGCACAAAACAUUCAGCAGCCAAGACUUUUGCAAACCUCUAAACUGGGUGAUAACGUCACUAUUGAGUGCUACUUGCCCAACAAAGAUUUUAACAACAUAGUGUGGUACAAGCAGGAGAUGGGAAAGAAGCUUCAGCUAAUUUCAAAAAGUUACAUUUACCUGACAAGGGUUGAUUUUGCUGAUGGAUAUAAUGAUGGGCGUUUUAAUGUAACAAUAAGCACAGGCAUUUAUCAUUUACACAUUUCCUUGACAAAAAAGGAAGAUAUAGCAACAUACUUUUGUGGACUGAUAUCUUUAGGAGAACUGGAUUUUGGACCUGGAACAUUUUUGAUGCUUAACGAAGAGCACACCACAACAACAGUUCUUCAGGAGCCUAUUUCAGAUAAAGUUCACAUUGGGGACAACAUUACUCUCAUGUGUAGAGUCCAAACGGUGGAUAAGAAAUGUAAAGGAGCACGCCAAGCUUACUGGUUCAGAGAGGCUGCAGAAGAAUCCAGUCCUAGCAUCAUUUACACUGAUGAUGUAAAGAAACAUGAAGAGAUCUGUGAGGAUUACUCUACUGCACAAACCUGCAUUUACACCCUCACAAAGAGGAACCUCAGCCUUUCUGAUGCUGGGACUUACUACUGUGCUGUACUCGCAUGCGACAAGAUCGUGUUUGGAAAUGGAACUUCUUUGAAAAUCAGCUCAAUAACUGAUAGCGAGUUGACAGAAAGUCCCUUGUUUCUCAUACUGGUCUUAACAAACAUAAUUUCUGUGCUAAUAAUGAUCUUACUCGUGACUGUUCAAUGUAAAGACCAAAGCAGCUCAUCAGUACACAGAUUUUGUAAUCAAGAGACGUCUGAAGGUACUCAGGUUGGAGAUGCAGAUGCCUUGACUUACACAUCUGUGAGUUUCAGCAGUAAAUCAAGGCCCUCUAGAGGUGUUAUGCAACACAACAUUUCCCAGCAUACCGAUGUCUAUUCACAGAUCCGGUGCUAACAGAGGAACCACUGGAAAAUAAAAAUAAAAAUUUUGUACCUUAGUGAUCCAAAUGUGCCAAAGUAUAAAGCAUGAUGGAAUAAACAGUACAAGAUACAAUCAAAUUGAUUAUAAAAUAUACUAUAAAAUGUCUGUUGCAAAAUAUUAUUUUGGAACAAAUAAUAACAAUUCUUGCU